AUGAUGACUAUGGACGUCGGGAUGUACAACAAUCAGCAGAGUGGGUACAACGCGGAGUACUAUCAGCAGGGAGCGGCGUAUCAGCCACCGUACGAGGGAUACCACGAAGGGUACUAUGAGCCAACUCCAUAUUACGAACCCAUCAUCCAUGGACAAGCGACACACGAGCCAGCUCCAGUAAUAAGCACAGACACAGGACUCUGCUACACAAACUUGGACUAUGGAGAACUGCAACAAAACUACCCAAUCCACACGUUACCGCCGCACCCUGAAGCGUUCAAGCACAGGGAAGAGUUGCCCAGACCAGAAGAAAUACACAUGCACGAACACAAACUGGACAAUCACUACUUGGAGACCAAGUACAACAUGCACUUUGUCGAUGACUCCAGCAUGCAAUACAACCACGCCGGCUCUCCGCUACCGUGCGGAGAGUUCGACCCGUACUCCCCAAAGGAAGAGUUCGGAGGUUUGCGAGACGGGUUCCCCAGGGACGGAGAGAUGCAAAAUCACCAUGUUGGUCACCAACCUCAUCCGUCACAUUCCGCCGUUCCAACGUAUAAGUGGAUGCAAGUCAAGAGAAAUGUACCCAAACCUGCCGCACCAAAGCUGAUGAUACCUCCAGCAGACUUCGUGAACCAGGGCGUCCUUGGAAGUCCGCAGGACGGUCUCCGCACACCGACUGGCAGUCAGAUGCUCGCUAAUCCACUCCUCAAUUUGAACAACACCGGCCGAACCAACUUCACCAACAAACAGCUGACUGAACUCGAAAAAGAAUUCCACUUCAAUAAAUACUUAACAAGAGCGAGAAGGAUAGAAAUAGCAUCCGCCCUACAACUGAACGAGACACAAGUCAAAAUCUGGUUCCAGAAUCGAAGAAUGAAACAGAAGAAACGCAUCAAGGAAGGCCUGAUCGUUGCCCCCGAGGUCGCUUCAACAUCCCAUUCCAGUGCUCUAGGCUCAAAUGAAAACAGCAGGGAGUCGAGCUAAAUAGUGUUCGUGUAUGAGUGACUUUAAUACGAUUUACCUGAAUAUACAAAGAUGGGGUCAA